AUGGAAGGUCUUCAAAUUAGCCGCUUCCCUGCGACACAGGUGAGAGCAACCAGCUCAUCUUUCGGUUCGUGCUCGGCAUCGAACCCGUGCGGCCUCAAUAGGAGAAGAGAUUUGUUUGCAGGCUCAGAAGGUGGAGCACGCUCUCGCAUCGACAGAUGGCUUGUUGUAGCAGGUUUUGCGCAACUCGGACGAGUGGUGUCGAAGAAAUCACGGUUGACGUCAAGGCAGAAACAGUGGCUGCUUCACUCACGGCUCUCGUCGGUGGCAUGUUUCGCUACUGGGCAAGAUUGGACUCGCCGAGACCAGCUGUUGCAAAUUGAAGAAAAUAUGCAGCAACUUUGGGAAGAACACAAAGCUUACGAGAUUGAUGCACCCGAAGAUGCAAGCUCUUCAACAGAAAAGUACUUCGUCACCUUUCCCUUCCCUUACAUGAACGGAAAGCUUCACCUCGGCCAUGCUUUUUCAAUCACAAAGGCAGAGUUUGCAGUUCGCUUCCAGCGUCUCCAAGGAAAGCGAGCCCUCUUCCCCUUCGGCUUCCAUUGUACCGGCAUGCCGAUUGCCGCAGCCGCAUUGAAACUGAAGGAAUGUAUUGCUCAGAGACAAGCAGGAAACAACGGAGAACAGGAGCCUGCCUUGCAAGCAAAAUCUGCAGAAGUUGACAGUUCUGGCGAAGAAGCACCGGGCGUUUUCAAGGGCAAGAAGUCAAAAGCUGUGGCGAAAGCAGGUGGCUUGGAUCAGUAUGACAUCAUGCUUGCACUUGGGAUCGCGGCUGAGGACAUCCCCAAGUUUACGGAUCCGAAGUACUGGCUGGAGUUCUUUCCGCCUUUGGCAGUUAAGGACAUGAAGAAGUUCGGGGCGGCAGUAGAUUGGCGUCGCACGUUCAUCACGACGGACCUGAACCCCUACUUCGACGCCUUUGUUCGGUGGCAAUUCCUCAAACUCAAGGAGAAAUACCUUGCAAAUGGUAAGCGUCAGACGAUCUUCUCUAUCACAACUCAGCAGCCGUGUGCAGAUCACGACCGGUCAGAAGGGGAAGGCGUCAACCCUCAAGAAUACACUCUGAUAAAACUGAGAGUCAAAGAGUUGCCUGAAGAUUGGACGUCGGUGCUUGGAGACGGCAAGGUCUUCUUGGUGGCAGCUACGUUGCGACCCGAAACCAUGUAUGGGCAGACAAACUGCUUCGUCUUGCCAGAAGGUGAGUAUGGUUUCUUUCGUAUGCGUGGAGGAGACAUUUUCGUCUGCAGCCAGCGCUCUGCAUUGAACAUGUGCUAUCAGGACUUGGCGGAGAGUUCCGAGGACAAGCAGCCGGUUUGCCUGAUGACAAAGACUGGUGCAGACCUGGUUGGGCUUCCACUCGAUGCCCCGCUAUGCCAGUACCCCACAAUUCAUGUAUUGCCGAUGUUCACCAUCUCCAUGCAGAAGGGGACAGGUGUUGUCACCAGUGUCCCGGCUGAAGCACCGGACGAUUUUGCCUGUCUCACGGACUGGAAGAAGCGCUCCAACUGGCGAGAGCAAUAUGGAGUCAAAGAAGAGUGGUGCCAGCCUUUCGAUGUUGUCGACAUCCUUACAUUUCCAGAUGCAGAAGAAGAUGUGCCGUCAGCACCAGCUAUUUGCGAAGCAAUGAAGAUUGAGUCCCACAGAGACAAGGACAAGCUGGCUGCUGCCAAGAAAGAUGUUUAUCAAAAGGGCUUCUAUUCUGGAGUCAUGAAGGUUGGCCCGUAUGCAGGACAGAAAGUGAUUGACGUGAAGGCCAAGAUCAAGCAAGACCUCAUCGAUGAAGGAGCUGCGGUACCAUACUUUGAGCCUGAGGCUAAAGUGGUUGCACGUUCUGGUGAUGAAUGUGUCGUGGCGCUGUGUGAUCAGUGGUACUUGAAGUAUAGCGAUGAAGAGUGGACCAGCAGAGUUCGCAAGCAUGUCUCCGAGAAUUUCGAAAUGUUCAGUGAGCCUGCAAUGAAUGCUCUUACACAUGCAGUCGGCUGGCUCGGCGAUUGGGCAUGCUCGCGGACCUUCGGCUUGGGGACAAAGCUUCCUUGGGAUGAGCAGUGGCUGAUCGAAAGCCUCAGUGAUUCAACAGUUUACAUGGCUUACUACACAGUGGCGCAUCUCCUCGAAGGUCUGGAAGGAGAAGACAAGAUCGAAGCCAGUGAUUUGACAGAGGAUGUCUUCGAUUACGUCUUCAGCAUCAGCGAGACUCCUCCAGAGAAUUCGGGUAUUUCAACCGAGGUGCUUGCGAAGAUGAAGCGCGAGUUUCAAUAUUGGUAUCCAGUUGAUCUGAGAUGCUCGGGCAAGGACUUGAUUCAGAACCAUUUGACAAUGUCGCUCUUCAAUCAUGCCGCCGUGUGGCCAGAGGAGCGUUUCUGGCCAAAGGCAUUCUAUUGCAACGGUCACAUCAUGGUCGAUUCCGAGAAGAUGUCAAAAUCCAAAGGAAAUUUUCUGACAUUGGAGGAGGCGAUCAGCUCCUACUCCGCAGAUGCAACCCGCAUCGCAUGUGCAGAUAGUGGUGAUGGCCUGCAAGAUGCCAACUUCUCCAGGGAGUCCUGUGGGAAGACCAUCCUUCGAUUGACCACGCUUCAAGCCUGGGCGGAGGAUGCAGUCAGCAGUUUGCCAAGCAUGCGAACUGGAGACUUCACGUUUUUGGAUGACAUCUUCAGCAACGAAAUCACCAAGAGUGUGGUGGCUGCUCAGGAGGCAUACUCGGGAAUGCUUUUCAGUGAUGCUUUGAGAUCUGCCCUCUACGACAUGGAGAACCUGCGCUCUCAGUAUAGCAUUCUCACGAAUGGCGACAUGCAUGCAGAUGUGAUCCAACGGCUUUUGGUUUCCCAAACAAUCAUCCUGUCCCCGAUUGCUCCGCAUUUCUGUGAACACCUGUGGCGAAACGUUCUCGGCAACGAGACCCUGGUCGUGCAAGAAGCGUGGCCCACUCCGGAGAAGGAGUACGAUCCUUUUCUUUCGCGACAGUAUGCCCUAAUUCAGGGCACACUCCGCACCUUCCGCCUGCAGCUGGAGAAGUUCAAGAGCCCAAAGAAGAAGAAGAAAGGACAGCAAGCUCAGGGGCCCCCUCCCACACCAAACAAAGCUAUAGUCUUCGUGGCCAAAAGCUACAAGGAUUGGCAGGUUGAUGUGCUGAAGGUCCUGCAGACGGUCGAGCUGACUGCAGAGAAUGAGCCUGUAGACAAAAACUUCAUGGGACAAGUCCGCGCAGCAGAGAAUAUCAAAGACCUGCCGAAGCCUGUCAUGAAGCAAGUUAUGCCAUUUGCCUCGUUCGUCAUGAAGCAGGAGGUCAAAGCGAGAGGCUCCGAGGCUCUGGAGUUGGAGUUGCCCUUCGACGAGGCAGCCAUGUUGCGCGAUCUGAGUGAGGUGAUAAAGGCGCAGUUGGGCGUUGAGACGCUGGAAGUUGUGAGUGCUGCUGAAGAGCAUCCUCUGGGCUAUGACCAGCAGCGUGAUGCUGCCGGACCAGCAAAGCCACAGAUCGUUUUCCUAGCUGACCAGAAUUGUGGGGAAGGCGUGCAGUUUGAUGAUCCUUGGUUCGAGCUUUCCGUAGAGCUCGAGCCGCCUCCGAUGUUGAAUUGGAACAGCCCGCAUUUCUUGCGCACCAUGUCGCCUUGGGCCUGGUCUGCACGUGUGCACAGAUGGCAGAUUCUGCACAUCAUCACUCUAGCCAAGUUGUUUUCUGCUUCGCACAAUGCGAUGGCCGAAAGCUGCUCGAAGAUUAGCAGUGCUCGCUGUGUCUGUCACGAUCCAGAGAGCGGCAAGCUCGGGCGACGUGUCAGUUUGCUGAGUGCUGCAUCUGGCUUUGGUUCUGAGGUUGUGGCAUCUGACACAGAGAGCUGGCUGGUGAGGCCGUGCUGCAUUCUGCAGCAGCGAUUUGAGUUGCGCCAUGGCAGCCACACCUGUCAGAUGUUCCACGGACUGCAACGGGCGAAACCAAUGCGAGGAGGUGUGGAUAUGGGUAGCUUUUCUUGCUCAUGUAGUCAGACCCGAUGCUGUGGUGAUGCUCAGCCUGUGAUCGAUUGUGGUGCCACGGGCAGCUAUGGCUCCAGUUAUGCCGGGGUGAUUUCUCAGAUCCUGCCACGCAGGAUGCCGUUUCCUGCGACCGUCCCACGAAAAGCUCAGACCUCUCAGGCCUCACAGCUCGCAGGUCUGCGUAAGGACAUUGAUCGCUUUCUGGACCCUCAAAGCUCACAGCCUGUGCCUGUGAAUGCCGGGACUUCCGUGGAUGUGCCUGGUGCGUGCGUUGUGUCGCAAGGCCAAAACUUCUCAGAGAUCCAGAGGCUCUCGCAGAGCAACGAGGAGCUGCAGCGAGCUUUGGAAGGGGUUCGACAAGAAGUGAAGACGAAGUCGAAGACUAUGUCCAGUCUCAACAGCACUCAGAGAAGCCAGCUCAGCAAUGUCAAAAAGGAAUGUACCGAGCUGCGAGAAGAUGGCAGAGCAAAGAAGAGGCGGAUAAGUGAGAUGGAGGAUGCGAUCCUGAAGCUGCAGCGUGAGCGGGACAAGCUUGCACAUGACUUGCAAGAAGCCCAAGAGCGUUCACAGCGUGAUCUACAGGCUAUGCAGACCAAAGCUGCGGAAGAAUGUCGAAAACAGGAACUCACAAUCUCUCAGCUUGAGUCAAGGCUCGAGCAGCUUGCCGAAGCGACCAAGCCCACCGCCAAAGACCAUGAGCCUGCAGCCACCAGGAUUUCUGAGCUGGAGCAGGAGGUCCUUGCGUUGCGGAUGCUUCUGAAGGAAUGGUGGCCAGAGAAAGAACUUGCUGGCCAACUACAAGCAAAGCAUCUUGAGCUUGACGGCGAGCUUCGGCAGCUGCAAACUGCACGAAAAGAUCUGCUGGCAGCCAGGGAGCGGAUCAGAACCUUGGAGCAGAGCCAGACAUCUCUGACGUCUGCUUUGGGAGCACGGGACUCUUCAAUCCAAGAGCUCCGACAGUCCGGCGCCGCCAAUUCCCUCGCGAAGCAGGACCUCGUCGCUUUGGAGGAGGUCGUCUCGGAGAUACUUGAAGCUGCCAACGAGUGUCGAAUCGGUGGAAGCUUCCUGCCAACGGCCGGAAAGACAGCCGCGGCGAACCUGCGACUUGCUUGGUCUUUCCUGCAGUCGCGCCUGGCUACUGAAAGCCAGAAGCGCAUGCAAGCUCAGCGCGAGCUGGAUGCCACUGCAGAGAAGCAGAAAAGCAUGCAAGUUGAGCUCAGCAAGCUCAGGGUGGAAGCGGCACGUUGCGAGGAACUGAAGAAGCAGCUCCAGGACUCGCAGUCUGAAAUCUACUCUCUUCGCGAGGGAUCGGCUGGUAAGACUCCGGAAGUCGAUCGAGAAAGGACGGAGGAAUCCCUGGAGCUACAGAGGCAGGUGGCAGCAAAGCAGCAGGCCAUCGAUGCCAUCACAACAGAGGCUGAGUCCCUGCGCAGCCAGCUGAGUCAACUGAUGGAUGUGGAAGGCAAGGCUAGAAAGCUGGAGCGAGUAAAUGCCGAACUCUGGGAAGCCAACAAGGAGCUUGAGAGUCGGGUCGAAAGAUUGGAGAGCGCCAAUGCUGAGGAAGCAGAUUUUGACCCACGAACAACGAAAGUCUUGCAUCUUACAAGAGGUCCAGUGCAACAGGUUGAUGCCCACGCGAGUGGCGCCAGUGGUGACUUGGAGCAGCAGCAGGCAUCAAGACAGUUGGACCGCUUCAAGAAAGCCAUGCGCAAGUAUGUGCAGGAAUUCAGAGAGGGCAUUUAUCACCUCUUAGGCUGGAAGGUGGAGAUGAAGGGCGAUGGAAGUUCAAUGCGAUGGCACCUAACUUCGAGGUAUCAUGAAGGCCAGGAGCUGGUUUUCCAGCUCCGACCUGCAAGCACUGGACAUCCCGCUGAGUUCGACUUGUUGGGAACUGUUUGGGCAGAGCAGUUGCAGGGUGACCGUCAGGCAAUGGCAUACCUUGAGGUCUACAGCUCUAUUCCCGGCUUCCUGGCGCACGUGACCGUUGAUCGCCUUGCCCAGCAGUUUGUGCUGGAGAACAAGUUCAGCAUCACGCCUGCCCAUAUCAGGGGUCCGCUUCAAGACUCCCAAUACUGCCUCGACUCCUGCCCGCAGACUCCAGAGGACUGUGAGCUCAGCGCCUGGGGAGAAUGGAGUGCUUGCAGCCUCAACGUCACGAAUCAGAGGGAGCGAAACCGAAGCGUGGUUGUUCUUCCCGCACGAGGUGGCGCCGAGUGUCUUGGUGCCCUUCUAGAGACAGAGGAUUGCGGCUCCGCCGAUACCGAGAGCGGCGACUGCGUGCUUUCCACGUGGAUGGACUGGAGCCCAUGUAAGUCGUGCGAAGACAAGCAACGAGGACGCCUCCGAACAAUUCUUCAUCAUGCCAAGCAGGGUGGAAGGCACUGUGAAGAUACACUUAGCGAGACAUCUGCGUGUCCCUGCUCAAACACCGAAGUGCCUGGUGACUGUGUGUUGCAAGACUGGACUGACUGGAGUGUUUGCAACGGCACCGAUGACCGCGAACGGCGCCGGACACGUCAGAUCCAAGAAGCCACAGAUUCGGGCGAGGCAUGCUCUGGGCCAGUUGUUGAGGUGUUGCCGUGUGACCCAGCGUCCUCGUCAGAAACACCCGCCACCGACUGCGCCUUUGCGGACUGGUCGGACUGGCAGCUCUGUGACAAGUCCUGUGACGGAGGUCAGACUGUCAGGACCCGCGCAAUCGGAACUCCGGCUGCGUCCGGUGGUACUCCUUGCAGCGGCGGCUUAAAGGAGACUGCGUCGUGCAACACCUUGUCUUGCAGUCUUUACCACCAGCCCUGUCGACCUUCGCAGUGGACCGAAUGGGGAGCUUGCACUACGACUUGUGGCCCCGGCAGCUCUUCCCGCAGCCGCACCUUUGCGGAGGCAGACCUGGGUGGAGAACCUUGCUCGUUGACGCUGGCCGAGACCAAGUCAUGCACCACAGGCUCUAGACAGGACUGCGGGGUUCAGGAUUGCAUGAUUGACGACUGGUCAGACUGGAAGUCUUGUACGAAGACAUGCAGUGGGGGAAUCACCGAGCGCCAUCGAAAGAUCACGCAGCACGCUUCUAUGGGAGGAAAGCCUUGUGAUCUUAACGAAGACCAGCUGGAGGAGGUCAAAGCAUGCGGUGCGGGUGCAUGUGAAGUCAACGACAACUGUUCAGACGGCAAGUGGGGUGCAUGGGAAGGCUGGACUGAUUGCACAAAGACCUGCCGCGGUGGAUUCCGCUUGUCACAACGAAGGGUGGUGAAGGAGGCGAAUUAUUGUGGUACUCCAGCCCAAGGAGUUGCCACAAAGAUCGAAAGGCCUUGCUAG